AGCGGAGGGGGUGAGCCCACUGCCCAGGGAGGGGAAGUCGAGGCCGGGGGCAGAGCAGGAGAGACGCCGCCGGCGGACCCCCAGGCACCUGGGGGAGCUCGACUCAAGGGCAUCCCAACCUGGGCGAGGGGUUGAAGGGAGGAAGCGACCCCAGAAUGAAGGGCCCUGCCAAGACCGAUUCGCCUGGUGAAGAGGAUUGACCCCGGCCUCCCCCUCCCCGUUUUCCCUCAGGUGAGGGCCGAGUAGCCCCGAGACAGCGGAAGAGCGCAAGAGGGCCUUUGUGCGGGGGAGGAAAGUGCCCCUGUGCCAGUGACGAGGAGGCAGAGGGGAAGCGAGGCCUUGGCCCGUCCCGUGCCCUGCAGAGGCUUGAAGGGGAGAGGGGGAAAGCUGCUUGUCAGGUGAAGAAAGCCAAGGAGAGGAAAGGCAGAGAAACGCCCCUCUGCUCCCACUUUCGCAUCUGCUGCCAAUGGAUCCUGCUUGACUGUUUGUGGGCAAGAGACUGGCUUGCUUUCUCCAUGCACCUUCAUAAUCCCAACCUGGAAACAUGAUCAGCGCCCCAGAUGUGGUGGCAUUUACCAAAGAAGAGGAGUACGAGGAGGAGGUGUACAAUGAACCAGCCUUGCCUGAGGAAUACUCUGUCCCGCUCUUUCCUUUUGCCAGCCAUGGGGCCAACCCCUGGUCCAAGCUUUCAGGUGCCAAGUUCACCCGGGACUUCAUCCUUAUCUCAGAAUUCUCGGAGCAAGUGGGGCCCCAGCCUUUGCUCACCAUCCCAGACGAUGCCAAAGUUUCUGGCACCUUUGAUCUCAACUAUUUUUCCCUCCGCAUCAUGUCAGUGGACUAUCAGGCCUCUUUCGUGGGGCAUCCUCCUGGGUGCCCGUACCCGAAGCUGAACUUUGUGGAGGAUUCUAAAGUAGUGCUGGGUGAUUCCAAGGAAGGGGCUUUUGCUUAUGUGCACCACCUGACCCUCUAUGAUCUUGAGGCGAGGGGCUUUGUCAGGCCUUUCUGCAUGGCAUAUAUUUCUGCUGAUGAACAGAAAAUUAUGCAGAUGUUUCAGGAACUCUCCAUGGAGUUCUCAAAAGCUUCAGAAUGUCUAAAGACAGGAAACAGGAAAGCAUUUGCCAAUGAACUGGAAAAAAAGCUGAAAGACCUGGAUUACACUAGAACUGUUUUGCACAAUGAAACUGAGAUCCAGAAGAAAAACAAUGAGAAAGGAUACUACACCACUCAAGCCAUUGAGAAAGCUAAUGAACUGGCCAGUGUUGAAAAAUCUAUCAUUGAGCAUCAAGAUCUUUUGAAACAGAUCCGAUCAUAUCCUUAUAGUAAGCUGAAGGAUUCUGAUUUUCAUCCUUACGAGCCAGAGUAUGCCACAGAGCAAGCUGAUGAAAAUGCCGAACAAGGAUUGACUACCUCGAAACCCGAAGAACCCAGUGAAAGGCACCUGUAUCCUCGGCAGUCCUCUUACACCCCAAAGCUUAUCAAGGCAAAAUCUGCCAAGUGUUUUGACAAAAAACUCAAGACUCUUCAGGAACUCUGUGAUAUUUAUUUUUUCACUCAGACUCUAGACCAGUUGGAACAAAUUGAAAAAAUGUUCAGGGGUGACGUGUGUUACCUUGUGACCAGUCGGAUCAGCAGGGCACUUCUGAAGCGACAGGCUAUUACCAGCUUCCUCUUUGAGGAGUUACUCCUUGCUGAUGAAAAGCACUUGAAUGGCUACGAAGGACCUAAUCUGGGCAUCUGUGAGGCAAAGUGUCUGGAGGUCUGUCCCAUCCCUAAACCAUUAGUCAGCUUGGGAUCUUACAAAUCUAGUGUUGAGUCUGUUCCCAUCAAGAUGGACCCGGAGAUUGAGGAUACCCAGGAAACACAAGUCACCGACCCCAUUCGUUAUGACCAGCAGGACAGUACUGAGUAUCUUGAUGCAGAUCUGAAAGGAAGUGUCAGCAGCGGAGAAAGCAUUGAAGUCCUGGGAACGGAGAAGUCCGCUCCAGCCUCAACUCAUCCUGAAAGUCAGGCAGACUUGCCACAGCUCCACCUCAGCCCACAAGUGGUGAGGAGCAGCGCAGGGAGUAGGAGGACUGUGAGCGAGGAGAGCAUCGAGGUCCUCAGCACGUGUCCCUCGGAAGCGCUCAUUCCUGAGGACUUCAAAGCAAGCUACCCAAGUGCCAUUAAUGAAGAGCCUUAUGCAGAUGACGAAGAAGAAGGGCUUCCCUUCAGCCGUGAUUUAAACCCAGACAACACUGAGGAACUGGACGGCAGUCUUCCGCCAGAAAACAGCAUCCCCAUAGACUCGGCCUGUUGCAUUGGAAAAGAGAGUCCGACCUUCCUUGAACCUCAGGCUGACUCGGCUCCCAAACACUGUGAGGAUGAUGGUGUGGUCAGUAUCCCACCCCAGCCGUCCAGGCAGGGUGACCAGGGAUUUCAGGUGAACCUUACAGACUGCUCUUCUCACGAGGGUGUCUUGGAAGGCCUCCUCACUUACGAACUUGACCCGCAUUAUCUCUCGAGCAGCAGAGAGAUGAGUAAAAUGAGCCUAGACAAGUGUUCAGACUCCGCAAGCUACAUCAGCAGCACGGCAUCGACGAGCUUGGACCGGACUCCCUCCCCGGCUCCUCUCCUCGGUCACUCUGGAGAGCGGCCCCGGAAGAAGGUGGGGCAGAAUGCCCUGCGGUUCAUCCGGCAGUACCCCUUCGCUCACCCCGCCAUCUACUCUCUGCUGAGCGGGAGGACGCUCAUUGUGCUGGGGGAAGACAAGGCCUUGGUGGACAAGCUCGUAACGGCGCUCUCCAUCUUUGUGCCGAGUUGCGGGGGGUACGGCAAGCCGGUGAAGUACUGGGCCACGUCACCCUUGCACAUCUCGGAUCUGCAGAAGUGGAAGCUGAUCGGACUGCAGAGAUCGUCUUCUCCAGCUGGCGUCAGUAUGAUGCAUUCGCUCAGCCGAUACGGUCGGUAUGUCAGCAUCCUGGACGCCGACAGCAAGACCCUGCGCUGCCCGCAGUACAGAGGCUUGCUGAUCCCCCGGCUCGCUGACCACCGCACGCAGAUCAAGCGGGGAAGCACCUACCACAUGCACGUCCAGACCCUCCUGACUCAGCUGUGCGCCAAGGCCUUCCUUUACGCCUUCUGCCACCACCUGCACCUCCCCAUCAGAGAGGGGGAGACGGAAGAGUCCGUGGCUUCUCGACGGCAGAGCUUCCUGAAAGCCCAGCUGGGGCUCACCAACGAGGACGGCAAAGUGGUCCAGCACCUCGCCGAGCUCCUGAAACUGCAGUACGUGCAGGAUCCCGUCCGGGGGGUUAGCCCAGUGCUCAGGUUCGAUUACGUGCCCAGCGCGUUGUACAAAAUCUAGGCACGCCCAGCCCGCCCCGUUGUGUCCCCUCUCGCACGGCGACCCUCCGCGCGCACCCGUGGCUCUUCACGAGUUGACACGAUUCCACCAUCAGUAAACGGGUCAACGAGAAUCGUGGGGAGGAUCCCAGCAUGGCUAAGCCGACCUCGUUGACAUGAGGCCUCUGAAAUGUGGGUCGUACCGCCACCUUCUAAACGAAGGUGGCGGCGGCGGCAGAAGGUAGUGCCCUUGCGGCUGCCUGGCAGGCACAUCGUCGGCACGGCGGGUGGCGGUGGCUUUGCGGGCAUUUUCAGAGACCAGAACAAUUCUCGGCAAAGACGUCUUUUAGAAGCAUAUCGAGUCUAAUAUU